AUGGUUGUUCAGUACACCAAUCCAGAAAUCAAGGCUGCAUUGACAGAGAAUGAUAAGAAGCAAUGUCUCGAUGUGCGUGUCAAGGUGUUUGUCGAUGAGCAAAAGUAUACUUUGGAAAGCGAGAUACAUGACAAGUAUGACUCAGUGAGUGACCAUUGGCUAUUGACAUGCGAAAACAUGGAUGGUGUGCGAGUACCUGUUGGCACUGUACGAAUGUAUAUGGUGGGAGAAAAAGUAGGCAAGCUCGGUCGUUUAGCCGUUCUUCAGGAUGCACGGGGAUUACGAUGUGGUCAAUCACUUGUCAAGACGCUUUGUCAAUCAGCUCAUGAACGCGGUUUGGAUGCCAUCAUGUGUGAAGCCCAAGUCGAUAAGCGUGGAUUCUACGAGAAGCUGGGAUUUGUCAUUGAAAAAGGCGAUGAAGAAGCUUAUCCAGUCGAUGGUACACCCCAUUACAAAAUGUGGAAGCGGUCGUUGCCAUAG